GGGAACACUCAGGCCACGUGAGGGGAGGAACCGCUGCCUGGAACUUUGAUCAGCACCAGGGCUGCUGGGUUCACAUGGACCAGAGACCAUGCCAAACACCCUCUGCUCCUGACGAACAGUCAGGGCAGUUGGUCUCCAUCUGCUCAGCCCCUCAUGGAGAUGCUGCUUGGAGCCUGGCUGUGCUGGGCCUGCCUCCUGCUCCUGGCCAGGCUCGCCCAGCCCUGCCCUGUGGGGUGUGACUGCUUCAUUCAGGAGGUGUUCUGCUCCGAUGAGGAGCUGGCCACCAUCCCGCUGGACAUCCCACCACACGCCACAGACAUUGUCUUUGUAGAGACCUCGUUCACCACAGUGGAAACCAGGGCCUUGGGAGGUAGCCCCAACCUGACCAAGGUGGUCUUCCUCAAUACCCAGCUCCGCCACUUGGGGCCGGAUGCCUUCGGGGGUCUGCCCAGGCUUGAGGACCUGGAGAUCACCGGCAGUGCCCUUUCCAACCUCAGUGCCGACCCUUUCUCCAGCCUGACCUCACUGGGCAAGUUCACCCUCAACUUCAAUUCACUGGAAGUGCUGCCUGAGGACCUCUUCCAGCACAUGGAUGCCCUGGAGUCCCUCCAGCUGCAGGGCAACCAGCUCCAGACCCUGCCCAGUAGGCUCUUCCAGCCUCUGAAGCAUCUGGAGACGCUCAACCUUGCUCAGAACCUCCUGGCCCAGCUGUCCGAGGAGCUGUUUGAGCCCCUCAGCAGCCUGCAGACACUGAGGCUGAGCAACAAUGCGCUCUCCGGCCUGCCCCAGGGUGUGUUUGGCAAACUGGGCAGCCUGCAGGAACUCUUCCUGGAUGGCAACGCGAUCUCGGCGCUGCCCCCGGAAGUGUUCUCACAGCUCCUCUGCCUGGAGAAGCUGUGGCUGCAGCGCAAUGCCAUCAGGCACCUGCACCCCUCCAUCUUCUCCUCCCUGGGCAGCCUGACCUUCCUGAACUUGCAGGGGAAUGAACUGCGGGCGCUGCCUGCCGGCCUCUUUGCCCACACCCCCAGCCUGGUCGGCCUGUCUCUGUCCCACAACCAGCUGGAGGUUGUCACCGAGGGAGUAUUUGCCAACCUGUCCAGCCUUAGUUCGCUUAUGCUCUCUCACAACGCCAUCACCCAUCUCCCAGCAGGUGCCUUCAGGGGCCUUGGGGGGCUGGUCAAGCUAUACCUGGGCAGCAACAAUCUGACAGCCUUACACCCAGAUCUCUUCCAGAACCUCUCCAAGCUUGAGCUGCUCAGUCUCUCCAGGAACCUCCUGACCACGCUCCCAGAGGGCAUCUUCGACACCAAUUACAACCUGUUCAACCUUGGCCUGUACGGCAACCCCUGGCAGUGUGACUGCCACCUGGCCUACCUCUUCAGCUGGCUGCACCAGUAUAGUGACCGGCUCUUCAACAUCCAGACCUACUGUGCAGGCCCUGCCUACCUGAAGGGCCAGGUAGUGCCCGCCUUGAAGGAGGAACAACUGGUGUGCCCAGUCACUCGGGACCGCUUGGGCUUCCAGGCCCCGGGACUGGAGGACAGGGAGCCAGGAGGCAGCUGGGAUCUGGCUGCGGAGGAAAGGGCAGCCUGGAAGCGGUGCACCUACAGCAAUCCCGAGGGCACUGUGGUGCUCGCUUGUGACGAGGCCUGGUGUCGCUGGCUGAAUGUCCAGCUGUCCCCUAGGCAGGGGUCGGGCUCCCUGGGACUGACAUACAAUGCCAGUCAGGAGUGGGACUUGAAGUCGAGCUGUGGCUCUGUGAGAGUCACUGUGUCUAUUGAGGCUCGGGCAGGGCACCCCUAGGUGCAGGGCAUUUGGAGCCCGGAGCCUGGGUAGACUGCCUCUGGGCCUGACCAGGCGAGAGGUCAGAGCUGAGGAGGAGCGGAAGCUUUGGAGAUCUAAUGCAAGGGAUGGGGUUACAUCUCCAAGAUGCAGGAGGUGGGGGUGGCCAGUUCCAUCACCCAGCCUCUUCCUCCUCCUUUUCCUUCAUUAUCCCCGUCUCAGAGUCUGAGACCAACAAGGCUUUCCUUAAGCUGUGCAAAGCAUCCGUUAAAGCUACGUCAUGGUCUGGAGAAUAAAAUAACACUGCUA